UUCUGCGACAACAGAGAGCUUCAAACAGGAAGUGAUCAUCUUCGCCUGCAGACCUUCAGACUCACGGCUCCUCGAGGAGCUCCGGAACAAGAUCUACAGAUAAAAACAAUCAUUCCAUAGUCUCCUGAUUUACCCAGUGUAACUAGUGUACCUGAGCUCUCUCACCAUGCGGAUCCUGCUCCUCCUGCUCUCCUCGGCUCUGCUUCAGGUCCGGGCCUGUGACUGGGACCUGGACCUGGACCCGGACCAGGAGCUGGUUUCGGGCGCGGCUCUGCAGACGGACCGGAUGGUGGAGGUCUCUGGUCCGGAGGCCUGCCGGUCCGCCUGCUGCUCGGACCCAGACUGUGACCUGGCUCUGCUCGGGUUCCCGGCCGACGGCGGGCUGCAGUGCAUGCUUGUCCGCUGCCGGGACAAGUGCGUCUUCCAGCCCAGCUCUCAGUUCAGGGUUUACCGCAAGAAGGGCCACAAUCUGCCCGGGGAUCAGGCUCCGGAGGCCGGGGAGAGGAGGCACGUCGUCCCUCUGAUGGAGGACGGAGAACCGCGGAGCAACGAGAGCAACCGCCUGCACUGCCUCCUCCCCCCCCAGGUGGGAUCCUGCAGAGCGUCUCUCCCCCGCUUCUUCUACAACAGCUCCUCUCAGACCUGCAGCCACUUCCUGUUCGGAGGCUGUCAGAGCAACGGGAACAACUUCCUCACCAAGGGGGGGUGUGAGGAGAGCUGUGGGGGGGUGACAGGUGCAGUACUUCCUGUUGAUUCAACUCCUGCACCUGACCUUCCUGCUAAAGCUCCUCGCAUGGGUCUCCACUCAGAUGUGUCUGUGGUACGGUCUGAAGACUCACAGUUGCCCCCCCCCCAGGAUCAAGAAAUGUCUGCUGAACUCUUCGCUGAGCGCUGCGGGGCACAGCCGGAGGUGGGUCCCUGCAGAGCGGCGUUUCAGCACUGGUUCUACAGCAGAGAGACCGGAGGCUGCCAGACCUUCAUCUACGGAGGCUGCCAGGGCAACCAGAACAACUAUGAGACUAAGCAGCGCUGCAUGGACACCUGCACAGGUGAGACACACCUGUCUGUCCUUCUACAGUCAGAGUGCUGCCCUCCUCAAAGAAAGCCCCCCCCCCCUGCAGCCAACGGAAAGGCCUUCACAGAGUAUGAAGAGGCUUGUAUGGCGACCCCUGACAUCGGGCCCUGCCGCGCCGCCUUCCCCAUGUUUUACUACGACCGGAACACCGCCAGCUGCCAGCCCUUCCUCUAUGGGGGAUGUUUAGGAAACCAGAACCGCUACAGUACCAUGGAGGGCUGCAAGAUCCGCUGCCAAACCAACGACGGUUCCUUUGAGACUCGUGGAAAAGCUCGUGAACGCUGGACUGCAGCCGUCUUCCUCUUUGUCACGCUGGCGGUGGUCUCCGCUCUGCUGCUGACGACGCUCGUCAUCAUCACUCUGAGGCGCCAUCGUCUGUCCCGCCACCUGUCCUCCGUCAGUGAUAAGGAGGAACUGCUUCCGGACGAACAAUCUUCUGUGGUGUCCCUGAACGUCUCAGAAAGCCCCAAACCAGACCAGGCCUGAGGAGGUCUGAUAAUAUUAAUCUGGAUGAUCUUUAAUACAUCUGUAAUCUGGAUACUUUUGAAUACAUCUGUAAUCUGGAUACUUUUGAAUACAUCUGUAAUCUGGAUACUUUUGAAUACAUCUGUAAUCUGGAUACUUUUGAAUACAUCUGUAAUCUGGAUACUUUUGAAUACAUCUGUAAUCUGGAUACUUUUGAAUAAUCUUAGGGUAGUUUGGUCUGGCUGCUAACAUUGAUUUGAAAAUAAAUCAGGAAACUAAAUGAAUAAUUAAAUAUGUAUUGAACUAAGUUCAUAUGGCUGAAGUUACACAUAUGUUGCUUGUCUUCUGUCUUAAUACAGAAAUAUUUUCUGAUUUUUAAAUCUUGGUAAACACCUUUAGUAAUGUGGCUGCGACCUGUCGGGCCUCAGGAAGAUUCACGCUUUAAUGAAGUUAAUGUGAAAACGAUUUAAUGAAGGAGUGUGCUGGCAGCCCGUCCAAUCAGGGAGAGGAAAUCAGCCAAUCACCGCUUUACCUGGAGCCCUCGUUCCCAUAAUGCAACAGGGCUCUGAUUACCUGGAGUAAACGUUUCCCAUAAUGCAACAGGGCUCUGAUUACCUGGAGUAAACGUUUCCCAUAAUGCAACAGGGCUCUGAUUACCCGACGCCUACAUUUCCCAUAAUGCAACAGAGCACUGAUUACUUGGAGCCUACUUUACCCAUAAUGCAACACAGCUCUGAUUACUUGGAGCCUACUUUACCCAUAAUGCAACACAGCUCUGAUUACCUGGAGCCCUCUUUCCCAUAAUGCAACAGGGCUCUGAUUACCUGGAGCCCUCUUUCCCACAAUGCAACAGGGCUUAGCUGUAGCUAUUUUCUAACCGGCUGAAUGCUGUUUAUUAAAGUGUUAGUGAUUUAUUGAUAAUUACAGGAUAUCAAAAUGAUUUACUGAUAUUCUGUCGUGUUGUGUUCUGUUAUAAUCCUGAGAACAGUUAGAGCUUAUUUGUCUGUUUAAAGUUUCUGUUUUUACAUAUGAUGGGUUGUUCUUUAAACUGUCUGAAUAAAACUUUAUUUACCCCUU